AGGAGGGCUUAUGUUGAAGAAGAAGUUAAGAUGCUUUCUGUACACCUCUUACAAAUGAUGGAUAUGAACCCAAGUCACAAAGCAGCAUGUCAGAUGGAAUGAAGAAGUGAUUUCCUGUUUCUCUUCUCUCUCCAUAGCAUUAUUAGCAUCAUCAUUAUUCUGGCUGGAGCAAUUGCACUGAUCAUCGGUUUUGGUAUUUCAGUGGCUCAAGGAAGGUGUUAUGGGCUUGGUCCAUGAAUUCAAAGAAGGCAAAGAUGACCUGUCAGACCAGGAUGAAAUGUUCAGAGGCCGGACAUCUGUGUUUGCUGAUCAAGUGAUAGUUGGAAAUGCUUCUCUGAGAUUGAAAAACGUGCAACUCACAGAUGCUGGCACCUAUAAGUGUUACAUCAUCACUUCUAAAGGCAAGGGGAAUGCUAACCUUGAGUAUAAAACUGGAGCCUUCAGCAUCCCAGAGAUGAAUGUGGACUAUAAUGCCAGCUCAGAGAGGUUAUGGUGUGAAGCUCCCCGAUGGUUCCCCCAGCCUACAGUGGUCUGGGCAUCUCAAGUUGACCAGGGAGUCAACUUCUCAGAAGUCUCCAAUACCAGCUUUGAACUGAACUCUGAGAAUGUGACCAUGAAGGUUGUGUCUGUGCUCUACAAUGUCACAAUCAACAACACAUAUUCCUGUAUGAUUGAAAAUGAUAUUGCCAAAGCUACAGGGGAUAUCAAAGUGACAGACUCUGAGGUUAAAAGGCAGAGCCGCCUACAGCUGCUGAACUCAAAGGCUCCCUUGUGUGUGGUAUCUUUCUUUGCCAUCAGCUGGGUACUUCUGCCUCUCUCUCCUUAUCUGAUGCUAAAAUAAUGUGCCCUGGCCACACAGAAACAUGCAAAGUCGCUGGUAUGACAGAAUCCCAGGAAUCUGCAGAACUAUUUCACCACAAGAUAUGACCUAGUUUUGUAUUUCUGGGGGAAAUGAAUUCAUGUCUAAAACUUUGGAGUGAACAAAUAAGACAAGAAGCAAAAAGAAGCCAAAAGCAAUCCACAGAAGACUCCAAUAUAAGAUAAAUCUUUUGUUAAAGACAUAUACUAAAAGUUGGGAAAACAAUUCAUCUGAACUACAGAAGUAUGUUAAAACUGCUAAGUGCAUGUGGAGACAUGUAUCUCCAUAUCUUAGGGGCUCCGUUACCUAUCCCCUCCCAGGGAGUGAAAGGAUGGGAUAUUGAAUCUCCCUUGUCUCUGAAUCUUUAGUUACAUUGCUGUAAUGUUGCUCUAAGGACAUUCCCAGAAAGUUUUUAAUGUAAUAUAUCCAUGUAUUAUAAUCCACAAAUUAAGCUGCUAGUCAGCUACUACUUCAUAAUUCAGAGAUGGCUGCAUUUAGUGAUGGGUCAAAAUUAUGUAAUUCUUAGUAUGAUGCUUCUAAAAGGUUCUGGAGUCUCCUCCCACCUGACAAAUGCUAAAGAAUGUGGAAAAUGAUCAUAAUUUUAACAUAAAAAUAUAGUUGGGUGACACUGAUUUUCUAAAUUAUCUGAGCACCUUCUUUUAAAAACAAAUGCCAUAUUACUUCUCAGAUGAUGUUCAUCUUUGAAUGGUCAGGGAAAAGACCUGUCAUCUUGACUGCAUGUGCCACAAAAGCAAUUAUGAGAGGGAAGUACAUAGCACUAUAGACAUACCUCCAAAAACAAGAACAAUCCCAAAUAAACAGGGUAA